AUGGCUGAUCCGAAUGAUUUCACGAACCAGUUGUCUCUCCAUUCAACGAUAUCCAAUGCCAAUGGUUUCCUCGAUGGCCAUCGACCGAGCAUAUAUGAGAUUACGGCUUCACGAACAAGAUGUCGAAGCAGAUGCCAAGACGAGUUGAGCACGACAAGGAGUCUUACUCCUGUACCAUCACGAAUAGAAACCAUCGUCUCGCGCAUUCGAUCACGACCAGUCCCGGAAUUCUCCCACCCAUUAGCCAACCUGCCUACUGAAGAGAAAUGCCUUGUUGACUUCGACGGGGUUGAGGAUCCCUACCGACCGCUAAACUGGCCUACACAUAAAAAGAUCCUUACUACAGUCUUGUAUGGCUUGGUCACUAUGUCAGCAACAUGGGCUUCCUCCUCGUACUCAGUAGGUACGGACCAGGUUGCCAAAGAGUUUCACAUAUCUACUCAAGUGGCUACUCUAGGCACAACACUGUAUCUCAUUGGCUUUGGAAUCGGACCUUUACUCUGGGCCCCGUUAAGCGAGGUAUAUGGUCGAAGGGUGCCAGUUCUUACACCCAUGUUUGUGGCCAUUUGCUUUACCUUUGCUACAGCUACGGCAAAAGAUGUACAGACGAUUAUGUUGACUCGGUUUUGGGGAGGUUUUUGUGCUUCAGCGCCCAUGACCAACACUGGCGGUGUUCUUGGCGACUUAUUCUCGCCAGCUUGGAGAGGCGUUGCACUAGCUGGAUAUUCGAUGGCUAUUGUUUGUGGUCCUGCUCUCGGACCUGUCGUUUCCACAGUACUUGCCCAACAGUCUUCUCUAGGCUGGCGAUGGACCGAGUAUUUCACGGGCAUUCUUCAAUCAGCUAUUCUUUUAGUAGCCGCCCUAUUCAUCGACGAAAGCUACCCACCCCUGCUUCUUGUCUAUAAAGCUCAGAGAUUACGGCACGAGACUGGCAAUUGGGCACUCCAUGCACAAUUCGAAGAGUGGCAGAUUGAUCUUCGACAACUCGCGCGAAAAUUCCUAAUUCGCCCCAUUCGGAUUUUGUCUACGCCAAUCUGUUUUCUCGUAACAUUAUAUGCCAGCUUCGUGUACGGCAUCCUAUAUAUGCAACUCGGUGCAAUCCCUAUCAUCUUUGGGGAGGUGCGUGGGUGGGAACCAAUCCCAGCUGCCCUACCAUUUCUAUCCAUUGUUUUGGGUGCCGCUAUAGGCUGCGGUAUAAAUAUUUACAACCAAUUCCUCUACAACAAGGCCUAUUAUGCAGCAGGAAACAAAGCUGUUCCCGAGAUGCGUCUGCCUCCUAUGAUGCUUGGUUCCUUUAUUUUCUGUGCAAGUCAGUUCCUCACAGGCUGGACAGCUAAACCUGGCACGACCUGGGUUGCUCCAUGUAUUGGCUUGGCGAUGCUGGGUACAGGAUUUUUCACCAUCUUCCAAGCGGCACUCAACUAUCUCGUCGAUACAUUCCAGGCGUAUGCAGCUUCGGCAAUCGGAGCAAAUACGUUUCUGCGGUCGUGUGUUGCUGGCGCCUUGCCACUUGCCGUAGGGCCUCUCUAUCAUAACAUAGGAGUUGGCCCAGGAUCAAGUAUCACGGGAGGAUUUGCCGCAAUUUUAAUCCCUGUCCCCUUUGUUUUUUAUCUUUAUGGAAAAAGAUUAAGAUCAACCUCAAAAUGGUCUGAUGGAUCGAUAAUUAAUUAG